AUGCUCAAUGGGAUUGAGAUCAGGGCUCUUCGCAGGCCGAAAACCACAUACAGAUCUAGCAGUAUGGCUGCUCACCUUGAGGAAAAUAAUAAAUCUGCCAUGGACAAGAUCAUUGAUGUAAAUGACUAUCAAGGUGUUUUUUCUGUGGAUGGCACUAGUCUCAGAGAGGGAGAUAUAGCUGUGUCCGGUCGGAGUCAGAGGAGCUGUUUUGCCAGGAGCUGUCUGUGGAGCAAGUCUGUGGAUGGACAUGUGUACAUUGCAUACAUACUCUCUCCUGAGUACAGUGAUGUAGACAGGAUGGGUGUUAAGAGAGGGAUGGAGCUCAUUGAACGUGACACUUGUGUGCGCUUCGUGCCCAGAACACACCAAAGGGACUACCUGGAUAUCCAGCCCAAAUCAGGGUGUUGGUCAUAUCUGGGGGCACGUGGUGGUAGACAAACUCUUUCUCUACAGACACCCGACUGUACCGGGUCAGGGGUCACCUCCCAUCAGCUAAUGCAUGCCCUGGGCUUUGUGCAUGAGCAAUCACGAGCCGACCGGGACAAGUAUGUCACAGUCAUGUGGUCAAAUGUAUGGAAAGACAGGGCGAGAAAUUUUGAAAAGUUCAGAACAAACAACUUGGACACCCCUUAUGACUACAGCUCUAUCAUGCACUUUGGAAGGUAUGCCUACACUGAAGAUGGUGGUCCGACCAUUGUACCGAAACGGACAUGGAAUGUGAAGAUUGGUCAGAGAUUUGGGCCCAGUGACUUGGACAUAAUGAAGAUCAAUAAACUGUAUGAAUGUGAUGUGUAA